CAUUCGGGAUCACCGUUUUCUCCGCACCCAGCCUUUUAGUCGAGCGUCCAAAAAGGGAAGAGUCACAAACGCCCGGGGCCUUCUGAUCCCUGUCAAAGAAUCAGAUCCUUCCAGCCGGCACUUACGCGACUCUGACGACCACGAUGGGUGUCUUCCGUCCACGAGGCCGCAGCGACUCUCGCGUGUCCGGGCUACCUUUCCGCCGGUCUCCCUUUGUUGAUGAUGAGGCUCCAGAUGCGAUUGAGCCUCCUGUAGAGCAGGCCAACAAUGGUAGUCCUCCGAGAACACCUUUGGGGAUCGAGUCCCUUGUAUCUGGCGGGACAAGCCACAGGACGCCAAGUCGUUCCUUCUACCACCGAUCCUUCAACAGCACUGCAGAUCCCGCUCGUUAUUCAUCUCAAGGUCUUCGAGAACAAACCGCUGAACUGGCUUCUUACGCGCUCUCCCUGAAUGGAAGCUCAUUGCCUCAAGAAGGAAAUACGCUGCCGCCGUCCCUCGAUAUCUUUCAUCCGAUCCAAGAUACAGAUCUCUCUUCAUCACCCGCAGACACUGUAGUCCCAAAGCCUCUAGACACCGAGCCCCCCACUGGCCCUAUCGCUAGUUCAUCAGCCUUGACUGAGAUGAUCCGUAAACCUUCCGACACUUUGGACGGUGUCAAUGGCCGGGAUAGUGCUCCAAAGCUGAAUGAACUUGGUGAAGGUGAUGCUUCCGUAAGAAUCUCAGGCACGGCGCCCGGCACACGUGAAGCUCCUAGUACCGAACAGACAUCUUUACUACCUAAGUCACCACAUACGAAGCCCUUCCGUAGUUAUGGGAUCGCCGAAGAUGUUGAGAGUCAAGACACUAUUAGGGAACACAAGCAGAAUGCAUUUCGUACAGCGCUUUCGAGCUGUAUGAUUUGCUUCCAAGGGCUCAUGCACCCAAAAUCAUGGAAUGGGCGGAAGGUCUGGGAACAAGGUGUCAUCUACCCUGUUAGUCUACUGCCUUCGGUGUUCCUAGGUCUCUUGCUCAACAUUCUUGACGCUCUAUCAUACGGAAUGAUUUUGUUCCCUCUGGGGGAGCCAAUAUUCUCUGACCUUGGGUCAGACGGUAUCUCCAUGUUUUACGUUAGCACCAUCAUCGCCCAACUGGUCUUCUCGUCUGGAGGGUCAAUAUUCCGCGGCGGAAUUGGUAGUGAGAUGAUAGAAGUUGUUCCGUUCUUCCACCAGAUGGCCUUCACAAUUCUGGCACGUGUAGGCCAGGACAACCCAAGGUCUGUCAUCGCAACUACUAUUCUAUCAUUCUCGGCCAGCUCGGUCUUAACAGGUUUGGUCUUCUUCUUGAUGGGAACUUGCAAACUAGGCUCCCUCAUCGGUUUCUUCCCAAGACAUAUCUUGAUCGGGUGUAUUGGCGGUGUGGGCUUUUUUCUCUUGAUGACGGGUGUCGAGGUUUCCGCUAGACUACCUGGAUCUCUCGAGUUUACUCUCCCUACUUUGGAGAAACUUUCUCGUUCAGACACGGUACCCCUUUGGCUCGUACCAUUAUUACUUGCCAUUGGUCUCCUUGUUAUGAAGCGUUUCGUGCGCUCUAACUUUCUGGUGGGUGGCUAUUUCAUUGGCGUCGCAGUCAUAUUUUACAUCGUGAAGUUGAGUGCCAAGAUACCAAUGGAUACCUUACGCAAGAGCGGUUGGGUAUUUGAAGCACCAUCAUCUAAUAACCCGUGGUGGCACUUCUAUACACUCUAUGACUUCGCUGCCGUCGACUGGGCUGCCUUUCUUGAUACUAUCCCGGCGAUGUUUGCUCUUACUUUCUUUGGAGUACUUCAUGUUCCCAUCAACGUCCCAGCGCUAGGUAUAUCCACGGGCGAAGACAAUCUGAACGUUGACCGUGAGCUUAUGGCACAUGGUGUGACCAAUGCCCUGUCAGGAUUUUCUGGAAGUAUACAGAAUUAUCUCGUCUACACAAAUAGUUUACUUUUCAUCGAUAGUGGCGGAAAUUCACGUCUCGCAGGUAUCAUGCUUGCAGCCGCUACCUUGGGGAUUCUCCUCGUGGGACCAGUAAUAGUCGGAUUCAUUCCAGUCAUGGUCGUGGGGGCUCUCAUUUUCUUACUGGGGAUUGAACUGAUGGAAGAAGCGCUAGUUGAUACGUGGGGAAAGUUACAGAGGCAUGAAUAUCUGACGGUCGUCAUCAUUGUUGUCACUAUGGGCGCUUGGGACUUCGUUGUUGGCAUAUUCGUCGGUAUUAUCCUAGCGUGUAUGAGUUUCGUUGUUCAGACAUCCCGUAAAUCUGCCAUCAGGGCGACGUUCUCAGGCAAGAUUGCUGGCUCAACUGUCCGACGGCCUCCGAUCCAACAGCGAUUCUUAAGAGAAGCAGGACAGCAGACACUCAUUAUCAAGCUUGGGGGCUAUCUAUUUUUCGGAACCAUUGUCGACGUCGAGAACACAAUGAGAGGGUUGAUUGAAGAGGAAGCUUUUAACAAACGUCCUAUUCGAUUUAUUAUUUUGGACUUCUCCCGUGUGUACGGCAUCGACUUCUCUGCAGCUGAAGCCUUCACGCGUAUCAAUCGCAUUCUGCGAAAGCGAAACGUGCUGAUGACCAUCUCAGGGCUGAACACCGGGGGAGACGUCGGCAGAAGCCUUCAAAAUGUCGGGCUAUUCGAGUCAGGAACUAGCGUGCAGAUAUUCGAAGACUUCAACUCUGCACUUGAGUUCUGUGAGAAUGACUAUUUGAAGGUCUUCUACAGCCACCGCGAAGCGUUGCUGAAGAAGAAUGCGUCCUCAACGUUCCUAGAGGUACCUGGCUCACACAACCAGCGGCAUCUUCACGAAAGUAUCGUGGGCUCCCCUCGUCACCGGCAUCUCCAGCAAGCAGCUACUACGACCCUACGCGAGGAUGAGACGGCCGUGGUGGCUCCGACAGCCUGGGCCUCCAUGCGACAGCCCUUACCACUCUUACUCCAGACAUUUCAAGGGUUAACUUCGCGCAAUGAGGAUUUCUGGUUCCGGGCUUGCACAUAUUUUGUCCGUGACACCUACGCAGCUGGUACCGUAUUAUUCCAGGAGGGCGACGUUCCCAAUGGCUUCUACUUGCUUGAAUCCGGGAUGCUUCGUGCGGAAUAUGAGUUGCCACAGGGGCGGUAUUUCGAGCUGAUUGUAGCCGGACGGCCGUGCGGAGAAUUGCCGUUCUUCAGCGAAACCCGACGAACGGCCACAGUCAAGGCGGAACAAGAAUGUGUCGCCUGGCGUUUGACUACAGCCAAAUGGCGAGAUUUACGGGAGCGGGAGCCCGAAAUUGCCCGGGAACUGCUGACAGUCAGUCUGAAGCUGACCACUGAAAGAAUGGACAGCAUUACUUCGUAAGUCGUCUUCGCCUUAUUCUGCACUUAGUUUAGGCAACACUAACCCGAUUCAGUUAUGUUCUUACAAUGGCGGCUUAAUGAUGCCAUCUUUCUGUUUCUCUAACUAAGCAUGCUUGGGUAGGUCAGGUGUACAAAUUUCUCGCAUUUGUCGCAUAUUGUUGGUCAUUAUUUGAGCGUUAUUUUUUUUAGCAUUUGGCAUAUAUGAUACGUGGAUUUGUUGAAAUAUGAUCGCACAUAUUUGUCUAUACUUGGACACGUGCUUCUCUGGAGCUGAUGACGCAGCCUCCACAUGACACUGCAGCUGACAGGAUAAGAACAACGGAAACCCGUGACUUCUGUUGACCUAUCUCCUGCCUACGGGCUAGAGGUUUGGAGGGACCCAACGUAUAAGUCGUAAACCUGAUACUCACCCGAGAGAUAG